AUUGCUUCGCCGGAAACAAGCAACAACUCAUAUGUUUCACAAACUGCACAAAACUCAGCCAGCCAUCUUUUGUGGGAAAAUCAUUUAUUUCGUGUCGUCAGGGUAAAUUUCAUAAUUGUAAUUAAUGUCAGAGCCACAGUCUUCGCUUUUAUUAAAAAAGCAACUAGCAGAACUAAACAAAAAUCCAGUGGAAGGUUUUUCUGCUGGAUUAAUAGACGACAAUGACAUUUACAGAUGGGAAGUUCUCAUUAUUGGGCCUCCAGACACAUUGUAUGAGGGUGGAUUCUUCAAAGCACACUUACAUUUUCCAAAAGAGUAUCCUUUGAGGCCACCACGGAUGAAAUUUGUCACUGAAAUUUGGCAUCCAAAUAUUGAAAAGAAUGGUGAUGUAUGUAUAUCAAUAUUGCAUGAGCCCGGAGAUGACAAAUGGGGUUAUGAGAAGGCAUCGGAGAGAUGGUUACCCGUUCAUACGGUAGAGACAAUUCUUAUAAGUGUCAUUUCUAUGCUGGCUGAUCCUAACGAUGAGAGUCCUGCUAAUGUUGAUGCUGCAAAAGAAUGGAGGGAGCGAUAUUCGGAUUUCAAAAAGAAAGUUGCCAGAUGUGUUAGGAAAAGUCAAGAAGAUUGCUUUUAGGAGCGGAGGGAUUAUAAAUAUAACAGAAUUUUGCAAUUGGAAAAGGGCUAUACAUUACAGCAAAACACAUAGAGAUAACAGUUUCACCACAUUAGGUUCACAACAUUCGCAGGCAUACCUGCCCGCAGUUGACAGUCCGACAAUCGUAGCCGAGUCCUCAUUCCGUUUCUUUUUGCAGAAAGAGUGGAGAGAAUCAUAUUCGGAGUUUAAAAGAAAAGUAGCACAGUGUGUAAGAAAGAGUCAAGAGGAUUGUUCCUAAUUAACAGUGCCCUUUUUCAUUGAUUUAUUUGGAUAGUGAGUGUUUGGUGAUGCAAUCGAGACAUUGCAGGCUGGCCACAACGUGACACAGUGCAAGCGCCCACCCAUCCGGGCUAGAGACAAUAUUGAAAUUGAUUUAAAAUAAAUACUUAUUGUAAUGAAAUGGUAUCGCUGCCGUAUUUUAUAAAUAAUAAAUUAAAAGUAGUAUCCAAGGUCUUUUUCAUCUUUUUUAAGACAUGUUAGCUAGCUAUUGUUAUGAUAUAAAAGUGUAUGAUAAUUUUUUUUAUAGAAAAACAAAUCUGCAUUUGUUCUUAUAACUUCUCUCACAUAUGUAAUUAAUGUUUGAUCUCUUUAAAAUAGAAACCAAAUCAGAAAUAAUUUAGUUGUAUUUAUUACUCGUGGAAAAUGUUUAUAUUAUAUUGCUUAUGAGCACACAAUAAUUGUAUAAAAAUGGUAAAAUGCAAUGCCUAAUAUUGUGCCUGUGAAUAAAUGUUUAGUUACCGCGAUACAUUGAUAAUUUGAUGUUCUCCUGUACCGCAUGUCACUAGUGCUAAUUUUAGUAGUGAAAUUUUAAUAAUAAUUUUGUCUGAAUAAAUGCAUAUUUUGUAAAA